CGUGCGAGGAACGAACGACGAAGACGGUUCGCCGAGAGUUACGCACAGAGUAUGUGCUGGCGGCGUAUAACGGCGGACGGACCUAAAACAAAGUGUGCGUGCGUGCGUGUGUGUGUUUCUCUUUAUUUUCUUUUGUAACAACAAAUAUUAGUUAAAUCAUAAUUACCUAUAUUGUACAAAUCGAAAACUGCAGAAAUGUGCAGUGUUUUGUGUGACUGUAAAUUGACUUCGCAUCGUGUCUGGGUGUGAAAAUGACGAAUUUAAAUAUCAGCUAUCAGAAAGCAACACAGUACACAAUUUGCAUCUAGCUUUUGGGAGGAAUCAUUAAAAAAAACUCAGCUGAAAAGAAAAAUCAAAAUCAACAAUUAUAACAGCAGCGCAUCUGCAGCACAAGCGUAGCUUAAAUUAACUGCAAAUCAAAAUAAAAUUAAAAUCAAAUAACAAAUUAAAAAGCGCAGAAACAAUAAGUAAAAAACCAAAAUCAAAAUUAAAAAAACAAAAACAAAGAAAAAAUGACGGACGUCGCAGAGCUGUUGAACAGCAUGUCGAGCACAUUUAAUAGCGACUGCGCCACUAGCACCGCCGAGGGCGGUACGCUGCUCAAUCUGGACCUGGCCGAGGAUAAGACCGUAAAGUGGCGCAAUUUGGCAAACAAUCAAUUUGCCUGCAAGGAUAAGGACAAAAAACAGAGCAUCAAAAGCGACGAAACGCACGAGAAGCAACAGGAGGCAGCGCAGCAGCAGCAGCCACCAGAGCCGACAAAGUUGCUCGAUGCGGCCGUCAAAUGCGAGACGGAAACUGCGGACGGCGCCCAGCAGCAACCUCAAGGCCAGAGCCAAAGCCAAAGUCAGGCCAGCGACGUGGACGCUGACGCUGACGCUAACGCUGACGUCGACGUCAACGAAAACAACGACAGCGGCGUCGCCCAUGCAGAAAUAACAGACAGAGUGACGUCGGCAGAGGCAGACGCGACGGAAUCAAAAGCAGCCGCAGCGACGUCGCCGCCUAACGAAACGCCAGCAGCAGCAGCCGACAGUGAAAACGGUAAUAAUAUAGAUGUUAAUGUUGACGUUGGCGCUAGCGUUGCUGAGCGCGCAGCCGAGUCAGGUAAAAGCAAAGACAAUAUUGAAAAAGAAGAAGCACCGGCAGUCAAAUUGGAGCAGGAAGCGUGCAAAAGCGCUGUAGAGAACGCAACAACAACUACAACAACAACAGCGACUGAGGCUGCGUUGGCAACGUCGUCUGCGCAAAUUUUCGCUGCAGCUGAAGCCGUAUCAACAACAACAACAACAACAGCAGCAGAAGCAGCAGCCUCAUCUGGUGAAGGCAUUAAGACUGAGACUGAAACGGAAACCACAAAUGCAACAGCCAAAGAGGAAGAAAAAGAGCUUUCGGAGAAGAAACAACAACAACAGCCGUUGCCACAAUCGCUGCAGGAACAAACAUUGACUGCGCAGCAUGAAGUAAGCUCAGACACUGCUGCAACAGCAGCAGCGCUAACGGCAGCGGCAGCUGUAACAACAGAAGCAAUAGCCGAGGUCACAUCGGCUACAGUCGCAGCAUCUUCGGCAACGGUAACGGCAUCCCCAGUGCCUGUCGCUCCACUUGUUGUCAGCUCUGCUGCCGACAACAGCAGCAACAACAUCGCCGACAUUAUUGACGCCGCUGCUGACGCAACAGAUACGAAUGCGGCAGCUGGUACUGCUGCUGCUGCUGCUGCUGACAGCGUCGACAUUGGUGUGCCAAUAGCAACAAUAACAACAGUAACAACAAUAACAACAGCGCAAGCACAAGUUAAUGCUGAUAAAAACGGACAACCGAUUCCGCCCAGCACGCGUCGCUUGCGUCGUACGCCGCGGCCCACCGACACGCCCACAACGACGCCAACACCCUUGGCGACUGAAGAGCAGGAGCCGCAGGAACUGGAGCAUGGGCCCGAGCAGCAAGAGCAUGAGCCGGAACAAGAGGAGGAAACUUCCAGUGAUGUGAAGAAGGAGCCUGAAAAGUUGCCAAGUCUCAAUGAGGGCGAGGCCAGCAGCAGCAUCAGCGCAAAUGCUGCACCGCCGCCCCCUCCUAAGCGCGGUCGUGGACGUGCCAAGAAGAUCAAGCCCGAGGCAGAGCUGCCGCUGGAGGAGGCUCCACUGCAAGAGGAGGCCGCUGCAGUGGAGCGCAAAGUGGGACGCAAACGCAAGUUGCACGAGGAAGAUCCGCUGAUGCCAGACGUGCCCACGGUGAGCAUCAAGACCGAGCAGCAGGAGGAGGAGGCAGCGGCGUCCACUGGCGAUGGCAAACGUAUGCGACGCAGCGUACGGCUGGGCAAUCGUGUGGAUCAGGCACAGGCCUGGGCCGAGGAGAUCAAAUCGGAGCCACUGCCGGCCAGUGAGCUGCCCAUACACCAGGCAGGAGCAGGAGCUGGAGCAGGCGCGGGUGCUGCGGGCGGAGCAGCAGCAGCUGUUGACCAACUAUCCAUGGCUGUGGUGUUGGACGAGAAGACGCCCAAGAAGCGCGGACGCAAAGCCAAAAUACCAGUGCCGCCCUGUCAGCGGACAGAGCGUGCCACAAGCUGCAGCCGGCCGCUGUCCAAUGGCGGCAAGCGUGCUGCAUCGGCGCUGUCCUCGAGCGGCGCGGAGCAGCAGCAGCUGCCCAAGCGCUCGAAGCGACGCAUCAAGCCCACCACGAAGAUACUGGAGAACGAGGAGCUGCGCUGCGAGUUCGAGACGAAGCAUAUCGAACGGCUGACCCAGUGGGAGGCGACUUCGACGGCUGCGGCGGAGGCAGACGGCGGGCUGCAGUUCGAGACGCCGCUGCAGGGCUACAGCUCCAAUUCGUCAACGUCGAGGCAGAAGAGCGAUAAGUCGGACGGCGGCAGCGGACUGGAUCAGCAUCCGACUGGCACGAAUGCGGUCAAGAAGCGUCUCUUCAAGACGCAGCGCGACAUUGACAAUUCGGAUGCGGCGCUGCGGGCACAGAGUCGCGUUCGUCCCAGUCCCGAUCUGGACCAGUUUUUGAGCGACAUCAAGUCGGCCAAGCUGAACGCGAAUCGCUCGCCCGAGGAGCGCAAGCUGAACAAGAAGCAGCUGCGCAAGCUAGCCAAGCAGAAGGAGAAGCACCUCAAGCACUUGGGCCUGAAGCGCAACAACAGCGAGGAGGCCAGCGACAACGACAGCUCCAACACGGACAACGAGGAGUUCGUGCCCACCACGCGCGUCCAGGUGGGCAAGCCGAGUGUCACGCUGCGCCUGCGCAACGCCACCAAGGAGGCCGCCAAUCCACCAACAGCUGGUGCCAAGCAGUCGCUGCAGCUGCCACCGCCGCCACCGCCCGCAACGCCUGCUGCGUCGUCCAAGCUGACGCGUCGCAUAGGAGCKCGUGGCAACAAUGCCACAGCAACAGCAACAGCAGCAGCGGCAACGGCUGGAGCAGCUGCAACCACAUUGGAGCACGGCCAGCUGCAGACGUUGAACAGCGCCAUUCUGGCAUCGAAUGAUGCCACAGCUGCAUCCGCUGUCAGUUCAGGGUCUCCUACGGCAGCUGGCGUCAAAUUCAUUUGCCUGUGCCAGCGCAGCUCGCAGUACUACGCGCGCAAUGCGCCGGAUGCGUCCUUCUGCUGUGCCAUCGACAACAUUGACGAGCAGAAGAUCGGCUGCUGCAACGAGCUGUCCGCCGAGGUGCACAAUCUGCUGCGUCCCAGCCAGCGCGUCGGCUACAUGAUACUCUGCGACGAGCACAAGAAGCGCCUGCAGGCGCACAACUGCUGUGCCGGCUGUGGCAUCUUCUGCACUCAGGGCAAAUUCGUGCUGUGCAAGCAGCAGCACUUCUUUCAUCCGGACUGCGCACAGCGCUUCAUACUCAACAGCCCAUACGAUGCCCAGCAGCAGCAGUCGACAAAUCCAGGCAACUUCAUGAGUCCGCUGCUGGUGCUCAAGUGUCCGCACUGCGGCUUGGACACGCCUGAGCGCACCUCCACGGUGACCAUGAAAUGCCAAACAUUGCCCGUCUUUCUGCCCGCACAGAAGGCUAAAAUAAAGCCCGCCAAGUUGACCACCUCAUCGCAUUUGACGCAAUUCGGUAAUGCAGCGGGUGCUGGAUCGAAGUCGGCGACUGGCGCCGGCGGUGGCUCUGCCAAGCCAGCAACAGGCGGUGCUGCGCGCGGCAAGGCGGCCAGUGCCAAAUCGAAUGGCACGCGAGGCAAGGCGAAUGGCGGCAGUGCCUCCGGGCAGGCCUUGAAUGUGAUCAACUUUGAGCAGCUCAUACCGGAGUCUGUGAUGAAUGUGGUGCUGCGCGAUCGGAUUGUGUCGUCCAGUGGACGCGUCACCACCGAAUUCAAUUCCCGGGACAUGUACUACGCCGUGCAGAACGACGAUCUGGAGCGCGUGGCCGAGAUAUUGGCCGCCGACUACAAUGUAAUGACGCGCAUGCGUGAAUUUCUGAAUGGUACCUGCCUGCACCUGGUCGCCCACUCGGGCACCCUGCAAAUGGCCUAUCUGCUGCUGUGCAAGGGCGCCAGCUCCCAGGGCUUUGUCAACAUUGUCGAUAGCGAGCUCCGCACGGCCUUGAUGUGUGCUGUGAUGAACGACAAAUGCGAUAUGCUCAACCUGUUCCUGCAGUGCGGCGCCGAUGUGGCUAUCAAGGGUCCCGACGGCAUGACCAGUCUGCACAUUGCUGCCAAGCUGGGCAACCUGGACGCUGCCCAAUUGAUUGUGGAUAGUUAUCGCGGUUCGCGUAAUAUUACCGACUUUCUGGCCUUCAUCAAUGCCCAAGAUGAGGGUGGCUGGACAGCCAUGGUCUGGGCAGCUGAGCUGGGCCACAAGGAUAUUGUUAGUCUGCUGCUUAAUCAUGGCGCCGAUCCGAACAUUUGCGACAAUGACAACAACACGGUGCUGCACUGGUCCACAUUGCGCUAUGAUGGACUGGAGACGAUAACGGUGCUGCUGCAGGCGGGCGCCGAUUGCAAUGUGCAGAAUGUGGAGGGCGAUACGCCGCUUCACAUUGCGUGUCGUCAUUCGGUGACACGGAUGUGCAUCGCUUUGAUAGCGAACGGUGCCGAUCUGAUGAUUAAGAAUAAGGCGGAGCAGCUGCCCUAUGAUUGCAUACCGAACGAGGACUCCGAAUGCGGUCGCACCGUUGGCUUCAACAUGCAGAUGCGCAGCUUUCGUCCGCUGGGACUACGCACUCGGGUCGUCUGCGCAGAUGCCUCGAACGGGCGCGAACUUCGUCCCAUACAAGCGGUGCGCAACGAGCUGACCAUGUCCGAGCAUGAGGACGAGGCCGAUGCUUUGAUGUGGCCCGACUUUAAGUACAUUGUCAAUUGCAUCAUACUGCAGAACUCGGUGCAAAUCGAUAGGCGCGUCUCACAGAUGCGCAUCUGCUCGUGCCUGGACAGCUGCAGCAGUGAUCAGUGCCAAUGCAAUGGGGCGUCCUCACAGAACUGGUAUACGGCGGAGGGUCGCCUGAAUUGUGACUUUAACUACGAGGAUCCGGCAGUGAUAUUUGAAUGCAACGAUGUCUGCGGCUGCAAUCAGCUGUCCUGCAAGAAUCGCGUCGUGCAGAAUGGCAUUCGGGUUCCGCUGCAGAUUGUCGAGUGCGAGGAGCCGACAAAGGGCUGGGGCGUUCGUGCCUUGGUCAAUGUGCCCAAGGGCACUUUUGUGGCCAGCUACACGGGCGAAAUACUGACGGCCCAUGAGGCAGAUCGGAGGACCGAUGACAGCUACUACUUUGAUCUGGACAACGGGCAUUGCAUCGACGCCAACUAUUACGGCAAUAUAAGUCGUUUCUUCAAUCAUUCGUGCGAGCCAAACAUAUUGCCCGUGCGCGUUUUCUAUGAGCAUCAGGACUAUCGCUUUCCAAAGAUUGCCUUCUUCGCCUGUCGCGACAUCGAAUCCGGCGAGGAGAUCUGCUACGAUUAUGGCGAGAAGUUCUGGCGCGCCGAACAGCGCAGCAGUCAGCGUGGCGGCGCCGGCUGUAAAUGUCUUACAGCCUCCUGCAAAUAUGCACAACAGACACCCUCCAGUUCGAAUGGAUCGCCGGCAGCUGGCGAGGAGGCAACAGAUGAAGGACUCGAGCAGCAGCAGCAGCAGCUGGUCAAGGAGCCAGCGCUGUAGUUUGUGACAGUUAUGGUAGAGCAGCGGUAACUAAAUGAUACCAAUACCAAAUCCACUCUAGCACAAUCACACACACACACACACACAUACACUCAAGCACACACAACAUGGAUAGAGAUGGAAAUAGACACAGACAAGGACGGAGAGGGAAAUAGAUAUAGUGAUAGAAAUGGAAACGGAGACAGUGACUUUCUUGGCCAAGCCAAGUUGCCAAGCAUCACACACAAAAGAGCGCCAUACACAUACAUACGAUAUAUAUGAGUAUAUACUUAUAUAUAUCUAGAAAAUSAAAAUCAGUUCCAAUAGCAACAACAACAAAAAGAUUCAAGAAAGUAUGGCAAUAACUUUAGAAGUUUCUGUUUAAUUCUUAAUUUGUUUUGAUUUUUGUUGCUGUUGGUCCUCGACUGCCAAAUGUUUCAAGAUUUUUAAUUUAGUUACCAUUUAUAUAUGCAUAUAGCUCUAUACAUAUAUACAC